GUCGGAUCUGCACGGGAGCGGUCGCGUCCGAAAUCAGAAAAACGCGCGCCAAAAAAUAAUGUUAUAAAAAUCCCCCGCGUCAAAAUGGCACACGAACCUCUAGAUAAAACAAUGUCCACAUCACCAAUGUUACCUAAAGAGGGUGGGGAUGAGAAAAUGGUGAUUAUAACCCCCAGUAAUGGUGUGGGGAAGAUUUUGAUUAGGGAAGAUACUAUUUUAGCUAAUUUACACGGUUGUGCUGGAUGUGGAAAGAGUCAGUUUAAAUGUGGAGGAGUCAAAAAUCAGUUUUCGGUGUUAUGUUGGGGAAAACAAUCGGAAAAGAAGUAUUAUACUAUAUUGCUCCUGAUUUCUACGACAUUCGUCCUGAGUAUGAUCGGGACGAUAUUCUUUUGUUUUACAAAUACAAUCAACGACGCCAUACUUUCAAGCAUGGUGAUUCGAAACAACUCCUUAGCGUACAAGAUCUGGAAGCGACCAGAUGUACAGCCUCAUAUGAAAGUGCAUAUCUUCAAUUAUACGAAUUGGGAGAGGGUCAAAGAAGGGCUGGAUGAGAAACUGCACGUGGAAGAAGUUGGACCAUACGUAUACUCACAACAGUUGGAAAGAGUCAAUAUAGAGUUUAAUGGUGAUAAACUCAGUUUUCAAGAGAGGAAUCACUUUCAAUUUUUAGCUGACAAAAGCAAUGGAGCACAUUUCGAUCGAGUCGUUGUACCCAACCUUCCUCUACUGGGGGUUAUUUCAAAAGCUCUAAGUAUGAACCUGAACAGUCUUGGACAGCUGACUCUGAGUUCCGCAAUGACUUGGGCCAAUCAUCCGAAUGCCUUCGCCGAGUUACCUGUGCACCGAUUCCUAUGGGGGUAUGAUGAUAGCAUCAUUGAUACGGCUAAACCUUUCCUGAGCCUCGGAGGGCAACUCAAGUUCGAGAAGUUUGGUUUACUCGUAACGAAAAACGGCACAGUCUCUGAGAGAUUCACGAUCAACACCGGAGAAUAUGAUAAGGAUAAGAUGAACAUCAUUGAACAAUUCGACGGGAAAGACCAUCUUACGUUUUGGGGCAGCCCGGAGUGCAACAGCAUAAAAGCAUCGGAUGGAUCAAUAUUCCCCCCAUCUCAACUGGACAAGGCAACCACGCUCCACGUCUUCUACCCCAACCUUUGCAGAAGACUGCCCUUCCAAUAUGAAAAGACUAUUGAGAUAGUAGACGGGAUUGAGCUGUACCGGUAUAGAAUGCCUAUGAAUGUCUUCGACGAUCCUGGUCACAACCCUGAGAACCAGUGCUACUGUGAGAUCGACACUGCCACCUGUCCUCCAAGAGGAAUUAUCAAUGUCACCGAUUGUACCAUGGGAGCCCCUGCCUUGGUAUCAUUCCCCCAUUUCUACUUAGCUGAUCCAAAACUUCGUGAGGACAUAGUUGGACUGAAACCUGAUCCAUUGAAACACGAUUCCUUCAUCGAUCUGCAUCCUACUUUGGGAAUAGCUCUCAGUGGAAAAUCUAGUUUGCAAAUCAAUAUCCAAGUUAGAAAGAGUGACAUGUUCUCAGCCGUCAAAUUCCUUCCCAACGGACUUAUAUUACCCGUGGCUUGGAUUGAAAUGAGUGUUGAAGAGUUGCCCGAAGGCCUUAGAACCCUAGUUUACCACGGGACCUACUCUACAGCAGCAGCACAGCUAGGAUUAACUGUGAUUUGCGUCAUAGCAUUCAUUGGCUCCGGAGUUUGCCUACUCUGCACUUUCGCCCGACGAAAACAAAAGCCUUGUGCCACCCUAAAAGUGAAAAUACCAACAGAAAUCGAACUAAAAAACCAAAUGUCUUGAGACAAUAGUCUUCAAAAGUUGUGCUAGCCAUACAUUUUUAUAAUUGCAACAUUCAAACCAAAGAAAUAAUGCAGCCAUUUUAGUUUUCCACAAAAUGGCGGGAACUUUUGGUGCCGUAAGUUUUUUUUAUGUCAUGUCUUUUUUGUGAAAUUCUGACGGUUAUUGUCAACAAGCUAUUCUGUCGUAAGAUUUCGUAGUUAGUAGAAAUAUAAUUUUGACUA